AUGUCAGAUCCUUCACAGCAGCCUUCCGGCUCGUCCUCGGGGAAAGCCAAUGACGGUGCACCUUCCACUCGAAGCACAAAUCAUACAGCGCCCGUGGCUGCCCGACCUUUUCGAGGCAUGGCUUCUCUCCAGGGGGUAGGGUCAUUGCGAGGAGGACCAGGCCGUGGAGCACCAGUAUCGUCCAGUGCAUCCAUGGUACCAUCACGGUCUUCGUACGCAUCGCCUGCGCCGGGCGUACCAGGAUCAGCGGGUCCAGGCUCAGGAGUUCGCAUGCAGUUCCGUCCAGUCAGGCCGCAACGACGCAAAGCAUCCGAAUCGCCAGCACCACAGUCAUCGACCGCAGCAGAGUCACCAUCAGUUUCGCCACUUUCGACACCACACGGAGCGAGCUCAGCGCCAGGAGGUAGAGGCAGAGGUCGAGGUCGUGGCGGCGCACGUCCACCACGCCAAGCAGUACAGAUGACAGCGUCAGGACCUUUCGCCUUGGGUCCUUCGUUACGGCCGACCGGAAAGAAAGUAGCUCCCGUUGGACCAGGUGGUUCAAGUUUCACACCUAUAGGCAGUGCAGACUCCAGCCGAGGCAACACUCCCGCCAAGACCGAUCCAGACAGGGCCUCGUAUCGCAACCCAGACAAGCUCAAAGAUGCGGAACAGUAUUCAGAUCCUGAAGAUGGAGGCGUGGAGAUUGUCGACAUGGAUGAAGUGCACGGUCUUGACGAGCUUGCACCUCGAGCAUUGCCAAGAGUUGUCGAGAAGGAGAGCAAGAAGGAUAAGCAAAAAGUGGCAAAUGCACGUCAAAAGAAGAUGGAAGGAAGAAUCUUAAAGGACGAAAGAGACGCCAACCCAACUGCAGGCGUACGCGUCAAGUCAGAAGACGACGCUUUGGGAGAGCUUGACCCUAGCGUGACUACGGGUUUGAACGGAUCUGGAACAUCCACAAUCAUCUCGAGCGAAUCAGUUACACCACAACCAGAAGAAGACUCGAAAGUCAACACGGCUGAUGCGCUCGAUCUCAGCGAAAGCGAAGGCGAAGAGCUUAUGGACGAUCUCGUGGAUGACUUUGUCUUCCAUGAUGACGACGAUGUUAACCCCGAGAACCGACUCUACCUCUUCCAGUUCCCUCAGCUGUUCCCCAAAUUCAAGGCAUCAAAGACGUCCAGCACCAGCACCACCACCGCCGCCGAUGCACCAUCCACAGCAACCGACGCCGAGAGCACGAGCGCGGCAAGCAAGCGUCGCAGCGUAUCAUUUGCAGAAGGCACCACCGGUGGUGCAGGCCAAGCACGCCCCUCAAUCGCAGUCAAAGAUGAAGCUCCGUCCAGCUCUGAAGUCGAAGACGAAUCCGAUGCGGAUUCAGAAGAAGACGACAAGAAGCGCGACACCAAAUCUGCAGGCUCCAGCAAGGCAGACGGUCUCGUCGGCAAGCUCGACGUUUACCGAGACGGCCGCGUUUUCUUACGGUUUGGCGAGCUGGUCAUGGAAGUUACAGGUGGUUCGCAGAGCACGUUCUUGCAACAAGUCAUGCUGUUGGAUCCAAACAACCGCACCGCUACAGCGCUGGGAGAACUGCAUCGCAAGUUCAUCGUCAGCCCAGAACUGGAUUGCAUGCUGAACGAUAUUAGUCUGUAUGGCGAGGAGAAGCGCUUCGAGGAAGAGCGUAAGAGACAGGAAGAAGAGGCGAAGGCUGAAGCUGAGCGAGUCAAGUAUGGUGCAUCAGCUGCUGGGUUCGGAUUCAUUAGUGGCAGGUGA